AUGAAUGCAGAAAAAUUACAAAAAUCGGAGCCUAUGGAAAUUCCAAGCUGUGUGCGAAACUAUGCCAAUGAGUAUAAAAUCCAACAAAAACAAAAGAACGAGACGGAUUCGUUUUCACAGAAUCCAAGGCCUGUUUUCAUUGGGCCUGUCAGUCAGUCGGUCGGCUUUCGCACAACCCUGGCCUGUUUUCACUGGGCCGUCGAGUCUGAUCGGCUUUCGCACGACCAACACAAAACAACAAGAGUCAGAACAACACUGGAAACAAAUUGUGUGACUUUAGUACGCGUGCGAAACUAUGCCAAUGAGCAUAGAGUCUCGUACCAAAUCCACUUUUGA